AUGAUAAUAAUAAAGCAACUUAUUGUUUAAGAAAAGAAGGUUAAUAUAAUGCUUAAGAGUCUUUUCUUGUUUUAUUAUCACUUAGCCUUUAAACUAAGUUGUCUAUAACAAAUAAACUUGGUGUUAUUUAUUAAAGGAUUAAUCAUCGAAUAUUUGUGCCUUUUAAACUGGAGAUAAUAAUUUUAAGCAGAGUACUUGCGAAUUAAAAUUACUCUAUAAUCAUAAAGCGAUUGUGACUUAUAUUUAUCAGAGUGUCAAUUUUACAAAAGCUACUGUAAUACAAAAACAACACUUUGUAAUUCAUAUGCAAUUACUUCUACUAUUGCUGAUAAAAUUGCAUUUUUACGAAUUUUAAAAAUACAUCAAAUUAAUAUUGUGGAUAUGUAAGUGAAAUUAUUAUUGAUAUUAUUAAUUGAUAUUGGAUAUUUAUUGUUAAGCAAGAAAAUCUUAAGAUGGAUAUGUUUGUACUUAUGCUAGUAGAAUUUAUUGUUCAUAAAUAUAUGCACCUUUUUGUUAUACAUUUGUCACAGUAUCAAUGAGAUUUUCCUUUAAUUGUUCAUAUUCGGAUACAUGCUAUUUGAGUUCGAAUUUAAAUACUUGUGA